ACCUCCUGGUGGCGUUGCAGGACGUCAGGGGGGCGCCAGGAAGCUGUCCAAGGGGCCACAUUUGCCCUUGGCCACCACCCAAGUUCCAGCUCCUGGCCUGGCCAUGGCAGCAGUUGGCACCUCAGGGGACACCAGCAGCUCCCCCUUGGCUCCAGUGAACCCCGGUAGAUGGCACCCAGCAGUGUCCCCACUGCAGACUCUGCUGAAGCGGGCCACCGCCAUUGAGGAGGAGCUAGCCCAGGGCCAGAAGAAGCCCUUCGCUGAGGUCACCCACUGCUAUUCUGGGGAUGCAGCUGCUGCUGGCCACCAGCCCCUCACCAUCCUCCAGCAGGUGGCUGCCAUCUGUGCCUACCCUGAGCUGUUGGCUACUGAGGACAUGCCAGUGGAGGUCAAGUGCCGUGCGGGCCAGAUCCUGCGGCACCUGCAGGGUGGUAGCCCAGGGGCCUACAACCUGGAGUAUGUCGUGGGCCGGGUGGCCCUGACGGCGGCCCAGUACCUGGAACGAAGGGACAGGGGUGUCCCCAGUGACCCCCGCUGCAUCGUCCCCUGCAGUGGCACUGCAGCUGCCCUGGUGGACACGAUAACACUGUUGGUGGACGUGACCUCACCAUGUCCAACCGGGGUGCUGGUGCCAGUGCCAGGUCCCCCAGUCCACGCCGGGGCCGCGGCACUGGCAGGGGCAGUGGCUGUGCCAUACCAGCUGGCUGAGGAGCGCGGCUGGGCCGUGGACGUGGACAUGGUGAGGCAGGAGCUGCGGCGGGCACAGGCCAGGUGCCAUCCCAAGGUGCUCUGCGUGGUCAACCCCGGUGACCCCACAGGGCACGUGCUGAGCCGGCAGAACAUGGUGGACAUCAUCCAGCUGGUGGCUGAGGAGAACCUCCUGCUGCUGGCAGAUGAGACAGAGCAGGACCGAGCCUUCGACCCUGACCACCCCUUCGUGUCCUUCAAGAGGGUGCUGUGGGAGAUGGGUGCCCCCUUCUCCUCCACCAUCCAGCUUGUCUCCUUCUACUCCCUCUCCAAGGCACUUGGGGGAGGUGGCUUACGAGCAGGUUUCUUCGAGUUGGUGAACAUUGACCCAAGCCUCCUCAAGUGCUUCUACACCUGGGGGUUGUCUAUCUACCCCUGCAUCCUGGGCCAGGUGAUGCUGGAGACAGCCCUGGAGCUCCCACUGCCCACCGAGGCUCCCUGCCCUGGCUGGGAGGAGCAGCGGCAGGGGCUGUGCCGUCACCUGGCCCACCAGUGGCAGCUGCUGCAGGAGGUGCUGGGCCAGGGGUCCCUCUGCUGCCAGCCUGGCCAGGGGGGUGCCCGCGCCUGCCCCCCGGCUCCAGCUGCCACCCCCGUGCCCUGCGCCAGGCACAGGAGCUCGGCCUGGAGCCCGACGUCUUCUUCUGCCAGCAGCUGCUGGAGGCCACCGGGGUGCUGCUGGCCCCAGGCAGCGAGUUUGGGCAGCCCGAGGGCACCUACCACGUGGUGGUGUCACUGCUGCCACCAGCCACCACACUGGAGCGGGUUCUUCUGGCUCUCUCCUCCUUCUACACCACCUUCAUCCAAGACUUCUCCUGAGUGGGGGGGGGUCACCCCAGCCCCGUGUCACCCCUCAAUCCCAUUAAAGCCCCUGUCAAUGCCACCAUGCCCCUUGGUGGACCCAUGUCACAAGUGUGUGGGAGUCUCGACCCAACCCUGGUGAGGUAGAAGAAGACAGCCAUGGGUGGUCAGCCUAGCUGGUCACUAACCUUUUAUCAAUGGAGUAAACAUUGUGGGCUCCCCCCAAGCCCUGCUGCCUCCUGAGGGAACAUGGAGACAGCAGGGUGGGGGGACACCAGCCCCACGACAUGAGGAGCCCUCAUGUCCAACCCAAAAGGCAUGAAGAGGUUAAAGGCACUUGAAGACCACCAAGAACAUCCCAGGGCAGAGGUCCAGCCAGUAGCACUCAGGGCUUGGUGGGGGAGCUGGGGAGUGCUGGGGAAGUGCUGGUGGGUGGGGGGCGUUGGUGUUAGGAGAACUCCUUGACAAACUUGGUGUAGAAGCUGCUGAGCUUCUCCAGCAGGACCUGGAGCUUCUCAGUAGGUGGCAGGAUGGUCAUCCUAGGGGUGCAGGAAGGAGAUAGGACCAGGGUUGCAUCAGGGAACACCACCUUGAGCCACAUAUCUCUAUCUGAGACCCCAAACAAGCCCCUCACCACCUUACACCAAACCCAUGGAGCACCCAAGACCUUCUCUCUGCUCCACCAGGCCUUGGUCCCUCCUACCACCCCCAGGUGAAGACAGAGGUCUCGGAACUGGGAGUCCUGCCCUGUAUCUCCAUCUGGGACCUACAAGUUCCUCACCAUCCUUCACUCAACGCAGGCAGCACCUAAGUCCUCCGUGUUCCUCCAGAUCCAGAACUUGCACCCUUCCACCAUUCCCAGUUUGAGGCCAAGGCUCUGGGGCUGGGUAGCCAGCCCCAUAUCUCCACCCAGGAGCCUCAACCCCACCCCUGCCCCAGCACCCACCGGAAGUGAAAGGUGCCCUCUCGCUGCCCAAAGCCGCUGCCUGGCACCACGCAGAUCCCUGUCUCCUCCAGCAGCUUAAUGCAGAAGAACAUGUCCGGGGCUUGGCCUUGCGCCUGCAGGAUGUGGUCAGGCUCAGCACCACCACCAGGUGACCUGAGUGGCUUCUGUGGGGCUUGGACCCAUGGCUGGGGCUGAGCUCAACGCCGCAUGGCAUGGAGGACAUUGUGGAACACCUGCUGGGACUCGUCUUGGCCAACCUUAUGGACAGCAGGAUGGAUCUUGGCCAGCCUCACAGCACCCAGGUCUCAUCCUGACCAGCUGCAUGGGCACCAGGAUCGAUCCCACUCAACCCAAUGGGCCCAGGUCUCACCCUGACCAGCCCCAUGGCCACCAGGGAUGGAUCCCACUAAGGCCUGUGACCACCAUGUCACCCAACCUGACGAUCCCAGAGAUGGAUCCCACCAAGCCCCCUGGCUCUCGGGAUCUCACCCAACCUGUUUGCCCAAGGAAUAAAUCCCACCGAGUGCCAUGGCCCCAGG